GUGACAUCUAAACAGGAAACACAUGACGUUAAGGAGCUGUAACAGUUUCCAAGAGUAUUCCCCAUUAAUUUAUUAGAAUAUCAACAUCUGUAAAUGAUUAUUGUAUAUAGUUCAUGCAUUUUUUUUAUUAACUCACUUGAGAAAUAUGUGUAUAUUUAUUAGAUUCAAAGACGUGGAAACAAUAAUAUGUAGAUUGCAUGAUUUGAUCUUGUCCCAUUUCCAAUUGUUGAUUGAUGCCGGAUCUGCGAUCACAUUACUGCGCGCCAUGUUCGGUGUGGGCGUUACGUUCCCAUUUAAAGGAUAAUUUAUGGAGUUAAUAACCUCUCUGGAUUUUGUACAUAAUAACCUUCUGCUCACGCAGCAGCAAAACAUACUUCGGUUAUGUUACGUCCGGAAGUUAUAAUUUUUACUCUGUUUGCACUUUCAACUAAUGCACAAGAAGAUAGUGAUAUAGGUUAUUUUUGGCAUUUAAGUGAUAUUCACUGUGAUCUUCAAUAUGUAAAUAAAUCAUGUAAUCUACCAUUGGGUAAUUAUUCCUGUGAUUCCUCACCCAAUCUUGCUUUAUCUGCAAUCAAUGCUACAAGACAUCUAUUCCCUAAAGCACCUGAUUUUGUUAUUUGGAGUGGCGAUAAUGGACCACAUGAUGACAGUUUAACAUCUGAUCAAUUAUUAGACGGUAUUCGACUGCUCACUAAAGCAUUGAAACAAGCCUUUCCAGUUGACGAGGUCUAUCUUCUACCUGUUUUGGGCAAUCAUGAUGUUAUUCCAGCAAAUGAUAUGGAAGUGACUGUGAAUAGCCCUUCACGUACUGCUUGGUGUCAUCAACUUGGUGAAGAGAAAGAUCUCUGGGGUGAAUGGAUUAAUCAUCGUCAAAAACACUUGAUGUCAUCAAUAUCACAGCAAAAUUCAUCAAAAUAUCCUACAGCUAAUUUCUCACAGACUUGUUUCUUUUCGCAUCAUCUUGUAAAUAUCGGUCCAUAUAAUCAUUAUGAUUAUGAUCAUGCUGAUAGCAGUCGUCGAACAAAUUUAGUCUUAAUCAGUUUGAACGGUCUGAUUUGGUAUCAAGGGAAUAGUCUUGCUGGAAAUACAGACAAUGAUCCUUUAGGUCAAUUGGAAUGGCUACAGAAAACAUUUCGUUGGGCAAGAAGACAUAAAGCGAAAGUUUUACUCGUCAGUCAUUUUCCGCCUGGAGCAUCAGAAAAUGCACCAGCUGGUUUUCGAUUUCUUCGACCAGAGAUUAACGAUCGAUUUGUUAAUAUUCUAAUUUAUAAUGCUGACUUAUUAAUGGCUGGAUUAUUUGCACAUGAACAUGUGGACAGUUUUCGAUUAUUGGUGUCAAAAUCAAAUAUCUCAGUGGCUUCAUUAUUUCUAAUGCCAUCCGUCUCCCCAAUGCUGUUGCACGGUCUAGGCGAUUUAAAUCCUCGAAUUCGAUUAUACCGUUAUCAGAGGUCAACAAUGAAACUACUCGGCUAUGCACAAUACUAUUACAAUUUAGAAAAUCAGCUCUCACCGACAAAUGACAAUCAUAAUAAUUGGCAGUUAGAAUAUGACACUUUGACAGCCUAUCAACUAGUCGAUUUAUCCCCGAAAUCGCUAACCACAUUGUAUCAUAAUUUUCUACAAGAAGAUAAUGGUUAUUGGUCAGAUUAUUGGCGAUAUGAAUUAGGCGGUAGACAGCAUGCAUUGAAACCGAAUUAUUUGAAUAAAUAUGGUCUAUGUCCACGAGCUUAUUCACAAUGUCGAUGUGAUCAUUUAUGUGCAAUGCGAAAUUUAUAUCUGAACAAUUUAGACAAAUGUCUUCAAUUAUGUCAAGAUAUCAAGUAUAGUUAUGGCGGCAACAGCCUGAUGUUAGAUAAUCCAAUGUUAACUGUGAUUUCUAAACAUGAACUCCAGACAGGCGAUAACGCCACCUAUCCAAAUCAAUCUAUUAUUAAUCAGACAAGUGUGAAUAAUACCAGUGAAAGAAGUAGUCUACCUUAUAUAAUCGGUGUAAUUAUCGCUUUCCUGGUUAUCCUUAUCGGGAUUAUAUUGAUUGUCAACCGGGAAGUGUGUAACCGGCAUCGAGGUUAUCAUCAUCAACAUCGUUCCCUAUUGGCUAGUAUGAUCAGUGUAGGGGGUGUUGGUGGUGCCGCCGCGGCUGCUGCCGCCGCUGGUGGAUUGAAUACUCUAAACGGUGGACUAUUGAAAGCUGAUUUCUUACAGAACAACACUUCGCGAAUUGGAGCUCCGCCAGGGAUUGGUAAUAAGACUGUGGCUACGGCCAAUGAUUGUGGAAUGAUUGAUCAUUAUGGAGAUUAUGGAAUUGGUGGAUCGUGUAUUGAACUUCGGACAGCUUUUCAUCCAGGUUAUAAUGACUUGGAUGUUGAAUAUUUUAAUAAAUCGAUGCUGUCGUUGAGCGGUGAGAAGUUUGGCAAAGUUGGCGGGGAUAACAGUGAUGAUAUAGGCGAUGGUAAUCAGAAGGAAACUGCCGGUGUCAUUAUGAUGAAUUAUCAUGAUGGGGAACAACCACUGCAUAAUUCAAUUGUCAAUGGUGUAUCGUGUAAAACGCACGCGAAUGGAACAAUUCUAUCCCCUGGGCGUAUAUUAACUGCUUACUAUGCGAAUCAUCCAAGUAGUACAACGACAAGCAGUAGUUGUAGUGGCAGUCAACAUCGAGGUGCAACACUAAAACAUUAUACGAUUGAUGAUAAACGCUAUUCAAUACCAGAUUAUGCUUAUUUCAAGAAUAACUAUUUAUUAUCCAACCACCAGCAGAAGCAGCAGCAUCACCAACAUCAUCGAUUCCCGAAUAUGAAGUCAAGUCAUCCAAUACCACCGCCGUCAACCGUUCCUAAUCAUCAUAUUCCAACUAAAAAGUCUAUCGUUAACGAUAAUCCUGGUUUGGGCGUGGGUGUGAAUAUUAGACGAGGUGAAUCCCUUCUAAGUGAUGAAAGAAGUAAUACAACCUCUGAGAGGUCGUCAAAUUAUCAUCAACCGACAAUGUUGUCACAGAGUGAACCAGAACACCAUCAACAGAGUACUACUAUCAGUUGUCUUCCUGAGGAUUACUAUGCGGAUGAUGAAGCAGCAUUUGGUGAUGAUGAUGACAGAAGUGAACUGAAUGACCGCCAUCAUCGUCAUAAGGAUGACUACUCUCGUGGUGGUCGUGCUGCUGCUGCUGUUGUUGACGAUAAUGACAGUGUAUUUUCGACAACUGGACACAAUCAUCAUAAUCGUCGGCAUUAUAAUCUAAAUAUUGGAAAAAAGCUGAAAACUAAAUUGAAGCCUUCAAAUUAUUCUACAAGUCAACGUCAGUAUCAUCCGUAUCACCAUGACGACGACAAUGAUUGCAAUACAGAGGUGGAAAACGAUAAUGGUGAUGAUGAUGUCGAUUCCCUUGGUGAUGAACAAGCCUAUCACUUUGAUCAAGAAUCCCAACUUCUUGAUGCUAAUGGCAACGGGAAACUUCCCAAAGAUUGGAAAUUCACAUUUCUACGCUCAAAAUUCAAUGAGACUGAUUUAUCAGCGAAGCAAGGGAAUCAUUCCUCUCCUCCUCCUUCUUCUUCUACGCCGAUAUCGCAUAGUCAAUCGGCGGCUUUGAGUGAAGCGAUUGAAAAGCGAAAAGUUAAUAAUCAAUACACUAACAAUAAUAAUAAUGUCGGUAACCUUUUGACCUCCUCUCUGACUUGUCUACCUAAUGAAUUGAAUGGUAUUCAAUCAAAAGGAAAUCCUUUGAUGGUGAAUCAUUCACGUGAACAACAGAAAUCUCAUUCAACUUAUGCAUCACCUGUUAAACAUCUGUCAGGAUCCAGAUCACCGACGAAAACGACAACAGCAACAACAACAGGAGGAGGAGUUGUUGUUAAUCCUCGUCAACAGCACCAAUCUCCUGUUUCAUUAAAUCCUUUAGGGAUAAAUACAUUCCCCAUUGAAAGUCAACAAUAUCAACAGAAACCGACCAAAUUGAUAUCAAUAGGUUCACGUAAAAAAUCACCGAAACAUGCUGAAAAUAAAAGGAUACUGACGCCUAUUCAAACUCCAACUACAAGUAGUAGUCGUAAUCCACCGUCUAUGCAUUCUUCAUCGUCUAAAAUUCCUGGAUACGAUUAUGUUCGUAUGUCAAGUUAG